CUUCCCCGCCCCGCGCUUGCGCACUCCUGCUAAGGCUCGCGCAGGUGCUCUGGCCUCCGUGUUCCCCAGAGCCGGGCGGGAAGUUAGGCCCCGGCGCCUCUCCGGAGCCUGGGGUUGGCCUGGCUCGCCAUGCGUUGCGGGCUGCGCCCUCGCGGGCCGGGAGCAGCGGCCCUGGCCGUGGCCCGGAAUUUGUGGGUGCCGCCCCGCCUUCCUUGUCGGCCUGGCUGGCGAGGGGCGACGAGGAGGCUUUUGGUGCGGUCAGUCACCGGGGCCAGUAACCAGCUGCAGAAUUCGAGUAAUGGCAGCUAUCGGGACACGGUGUUGCUGCCGCAGACCAGCUUCCCCAUGAAGCUGCUGGGCCGCCAGCAGCCCGACACGGAGCUGGAGGUCCAAAAGAAAUGUGGAUUUUUGGAACUUUAUUCAUGGCAAAGAGAAAGAAAAGUGAAGACAGAGUUUUGUCUUCAUGAUGGACCUCCUUAUGCAAAUGGUGAACCUCAUGUUGGACAUGCUUUAAAUAAGAUUUUGAAAGAUAUAGCCAACCGAUACCAUAUGAUGAGAGGUUCCAAAAUACAUUUUGUGCCAGGCUGGGAUUGUCAUGGCUUACCCAUUGAAAUAAAAGUAUUAUCAGAACUUGGUGGAAAAGCUCAGAAUCUUUCAGCUAUGGAAAUUAGAGAGAAAGCUAGAUCAUUCGCCAAGGCAGCAAUUGAGAAACAGAAAUCGGCAUUUAUUCGUUGGGGAAUAAUGGCAGAUUGGAAUAAUUGCUACUAUACAUUUGAUGGAAGAUAUGAAGCCAGACAGUUGAGAAUUUUCUAUGAAAUGUAUGAUAAGGGCUUAAUUUAUCGAUCUUAUAAACCUGUGUUUUGGUCUCCCUCAUCAAGGACUGCAUUGGCUGAAGCAGAACUUGAAUAUAAUCCAGAGCAUGUCAGUUGCUCAGUAUAUGUAAAAUUUCCUCUCUUGAAACCUUCUCCUAAGUUGGCAUCUCUUAUAGAUGGUUCAUCUCCUGUUAGUUUCUUAGUCUGGACCACCCAGCCUUGGACAAUUCCAGCCAAUCAGGCUGUUUGUUAUAUGCCAGAAUCAAAGUAUGCUGUCGUGAAGUGUUCCAAAUCUGGAGACUUCUACGUUUUAGCUGCAGAUAAAGUAACAUCUGUUGCUUCUACUUUGGAAACAACAUUUGAGGUUAUUUCAACAUUUUCUGGUGUUGACUUGGAAAAUGGUACUUGUGCUCAUCCUUUCAUUUCUGAGAGGGUGUCUCCUCUUUUACCUGCCAGUCAUGUGACCAUGACGAAAGGAACAGGGUUGGUUCACACAGCCCCAGCUCAUGGUAUGGAAGAUUACAGUGUAGCUUCUCAACACAACUUGUCCAUGGAUUGUUUAGUGAAUGAAGAUGGAGUCUUCACAGAUGCUGCAGGUCCUGAACUGCAAAACAAAGCUGUUCUUGAAGAGGGAACAGAUGCGGUUAUAAAGAUGCUUCAGGCUGCAAAGAAUUUGUUGAAAAAGGAAAAAUUGGUACACAGCUAUCCCUAUGACUGGAGGACUAAGAAACCAGUAGUUAUUCGUGCCAGCAAGCAGUGGUUUGUAAAUAUCACGGAUAUUAAGACUACAGCCAAGGAAUUGUUAAAAAAAGUGAAAUUUAUUCCUGGAUCAGCACUGAAUGCCAUGGUUGAAAUGAUGGACAGGCGGCCAUAUUGGUGUAUAUCAAGGCAAAGAGUUUGGGGUGUUCCAAUUCCUGUGUUUCAUCAUAAGACAAAAGAUGAAUUCUUGAUCAACAGCCAAACUAUUGAGCAUAUUAUUAAACUAGUGGAGGAACAUGGCAGUGAUAUCUGGUGGACUCUUCCCCCGGAGCAACUUCUUCCAAAAGAAGUCUUAUCUCAGGUUGGUGGUCCUGAUGCUUUGGAGUAUGUGCCAGGUCAGGAUAUUUUGGACAUCUGGUUUGACAGUGGAACUUCAUGGUCUUAUGUUCUUCCAGGUACUGACCAAAGAGCAGAUUUGUACUUGGAAGGAAAAGACCAGCUUGGGGGUUGGUUUCAGUCUUCCUUAUUAACAAGUGUGGCAGCAAGGAAUAAAUCACCUUUUAAGACAGUGGUUGUUCAUGGAUUUACCCUUGGAGAAAAGGGAGAAAAGAUGUCCAAGUCUCUCGGGAAUGUCAUUGAUCCUGAUGUUGUCAUUAAUGGAGGACAAGAUCAAAGCAAAGAGCCUCCCUAUGGUGCUGAUGUCCUUCGCUGGUGGGUCGCUGAGUCCAAUGUCUUCACUGAAGUGAUAAUUAGUCCAUCUGUACUGAAUGCUGCCAGAGAUGAUAUUAGCAAGCUUAGGAAUACACUCCGCUUUCUUUUGGGAAACGUGGCUGGUUUCAACCCAGAAACAGAUUCUAUCCCUGUUAACAAUAUGUAUUUCAUAGACCAGUAUAUGCUACACUUACUGCAGGAUUUAGCAAACAAGAUUACCGAUUCAUAUAAGCAGUAUGACUUUGGAAAAGUUGUUCGGCUAUUACGAGCAUUUUAUACCAGAGAACUCUCCAACUUUUAUUUCAGCAUAAUCAAAGAUAGGCUUUAUUGUGAAAAUGCAGAUGAUCCCAAACGACGCUCUUGUCAGACUGCAUUAGCCGAAAUUUUGGAUGUAAUGGUUCGUUCUUUUGCUCCCAUUCUUCCUCACUUGGCUGAAGAGGUAUUCCAGUACGUACCUUACAUUAAAGAACCCAAGAGUGUUUUUCGUACUGGAUGGAUUAGAACCAGUUCUAUCUGGAAGAAGCCUGGACUGGAAGAAGCAAUAGAGAGUGCAUGUGCGAUGAGAGAUUCAUUUCUUGGAAGCAUCCCUGGCAGAAAUGCAGCUGAGUAUGAGGUUAUCAUUGUGAUUGAGCCUGGACUGCUUUUUGAGAUAAUAGAAAUGCUACAGGCUGAGGAGACUUCCAGCACCUCUCAGCUGAAUGAAUUAAUGAUGGCGUCCCAGACAACUUUGCUCUCUCAGGAACCACGAGCAGUAACUGCAGAUGUCACUGAGCUUAAAGGGACAUUUCUAAUCAACCUAGAAGGUGGUGAUAUUCGUGAAGAGUCUUCAUAUAAAGUAAUUGUCAUGCCAACUACCAAGGAAAAAUGCCCUCGCUGUUGGAAGUACACUGCUGAGUCAUCAGACACACUCUGUCCGCGAUGCACAGAAGUUGUGAGAGGGAAGUAAUACCUCGCUGUGUGUUGAGGGCUUUCUGAGCAAGAACUUCUGACGGGACUGCCUGGGGGUUUAGGUGGACUGUUCACAGCACUGCAAAGAAAUCCAAGAUUUAGGUAAUGAGUGGAAGAGUAAGUGGUAGAGGAUGAGAGUCAGAGUUAGAGCUACAAGCUUUUUCUGCAACAACUAAAUAAAAAAUGAUGUGUAUAUAUACACAUGGAAAAAUAUACCUAUGCAGAUGGAUCCAUAAUGGACUUCCUCAGAACACAGACACUGAAAAUGCUUGCCUACAAAUGUGGCUCAGCAGAAAAUGUUUUAUAUUUUAUCAGUCUUCUUGACUCAGUAUUUAAGUUCUAUAAUGUCUGUCUAAAAAUAAAGGCACCUGGGAAAUUACUGACUGAUGGUGGUGCAGAAGUUGUGAAUAUCCAGUAAAAAACCUGUGGUUUUGAAGGGGAAUGGCAGAGGGGUGUCUCGCUUAAGAGAUGACAAGAGUAAUUUCACUCCGCCUUAACAGCACGCACCGACCUUUUCAGAACAGCUAGUUUUUGGGUUGCCUUGGAAGCGAAGACAUCACCAAGUUUGUUAUUCUCCUGUAAGAGCGGAAAGUAUCUUAAUACUUAUAUUUAUAAAUGUUAAGGAAACAACAUGAAAGCUGAAAAUUUAUUUCACUAAUACACAUAAAAGUUCACUACAAUGAACAGACACAGAAAAUAGCAGUAUAUACAGAAUUUGACUACUUACAAUACAUUACAGUAGAUAAUAGGGCAUUUUAUAAACAAUUCAGUACUGGAUUAAAAUCUUUCCAAGGAUGGUUAAUUCUGUUUAGCAGAAAUACAGCAAAUCCAUUCCUGUCAGGGUGAGAGAGGGCUUUCACUGUUGCUGUUGAGUACUUUAAAAAUAUUUGUCUCUUGUAAGUGAAAUGAACCACAGCAACUGCUAAGAGAACUUAUUAUUCCAUGUAUGCUUAGUGUUAUUAAAUCUGAGUUUUCUGUGAUUUUAAACUGUAAUCAAUUUCUUUUUUAAAGAAAGCAAUUUAAAUUGAACUUCAACCUUAGUUUAAUUUUUAUAACAAAGGUGAGACACUUUUCUCCAUACCUCAUUUUUCUUUUUGCAAAAGCAUGAACCAUUUAGAAGCUUGGUGUGCUAUAUUCCUCUUCAUUUGCAUUUAUCCUGUCUCUUCUAGUUCUACAUCUAAAUACAACCUGUAAUGCAGAAUUUAUGAUUAUUUGAACGCUUUUGUUUUCCUUUGCAUUAUACAACAGAAUUUAACAAGGUAUAAAAUGCCUAUUUAAUGUUCAUGAGGAAAGGUGCAUUGGGGGGUUGGCCGUGGGAGUAGAUCUAAGAAAACACUACUCGCUGGUUAUCGGUUUCCCACCAAUAACUGCAGUAUGUGCAACAUGCCUGUUUCAGAAACUGUCCAUUCUGUAUCGUUAUUUGUGGCUCUUCAUGGUUACACAAUGCAUACACAGGUAUUUAUUUUCCUUUCCUCUAUCAGAUUUAUUUUAAAAGCCCUUAAUGAAGUAGUAAAAUAUUUAACUGCUUUUUUUAAUCAUACAACUGAGAAUUCAAUUUUAAAAUUCUUUGAAUGGCAAUGUUUAGGAUUAUAAAUCUUAACUAGAGACUCAAUGCUUUGUUAUGGUUCUAGGAGCCAUAUUUCAGCUGAUUAAUAUUCUCAACAAUCCCCAAAUUUGAUUACAUGUCCUACUAGAAUAAGUUCAGCCAGUUUUAUUAUCUAAAAUGCUUAUUAGAUACCCUCUCCCCCAAAAGUGAUAAUGGAAUCAAAGUGACUAUGAUUUAUUAAUCUUUAAAAACGCCUGUAAUUCCAAGUUUCUUUGACCAGCCUCCAAGGUUCGUAACUACUUUCAGAGUAUUUAGAAAAGUCACAGAAAGAACUAAUCUUUCAGAAUGCACGCAAGUGACUAUAUAGAGCUAGACAUGUUUACGAGAAAUCAUAUAAAUGUGUCUGGAUGGGGCAGCAGAGAUUCCAGCAGAGGCUGAGAGGCUAGACCAGCCCGAGGUCGUUUUCAGUGUUUCUAUUGCAGCGUGUGCCUCAAUCAGACAUACAAGGCCCUCACCCCACGUCCUCAAGACAUCGGAAAAAUUAAUCUUUCAAGAUUUUAUCGACAAAUAGUAAUUAUUAAGUUUUAGACAGUUCUUAUUUGGAUGUGAUCUCUUAGUUAAAAAGAAUUUACACUGGGAUAUCCUCAAACAUCAGACUUUUCCUUUAUGUUCCUGAUUAACGCCUCAAAUUUGUACAAUUGCGAGAGUUGGCUUCUUCCUAAGGAAGUGAAGAACAAACUUCUGUAUCACAACGAGUUGCUACGAAUAACAACUGUGAUCCAGGACAUGUCAGUACUCGCACUGUAUGGCUACAUUCCAAAGAUUUACCAUAAUAAAUACUUGGUGUUAUUUGUACAGCU